AUGGAGAAGUAUCAUGCUGUUCACGAGGAAGAUGUUUCCAGUUUCGAUCUUCCUUCUACGCACCGAUUGCCCACUGUGUCCGCAGCUCAGGUGCUAGAAGACUUGGACGAUGAUCUUUCAAGGCACGUCUCUACGGGACUCAAGCGGUUAGAUGAGGCCCUCAGCUCUGAUGACACUGUCGACACGUCUGGGUCGAAACGCUCUGGGGGUAUCCUGAGAGGCCAGGUCACCGAGGUUUGGGGACCUCCAGGAACUGGCAAGACAGCACUGGGCAUCCAACUCGUGGCAAGCGCACUGCGCGAGGGCCAAGGUGCCGUGUGGAUUGCGCCUAUUCGCUCUGCGGGCAAAGACUUUCGGCGGUGA